CCCCCUCAGUGCUUGGAAGACGUGGAGCAGGCUGCGCAGGGCGGGACGUUCGCUUCGGCGGAUGGGGGAGGUGAAUGGUAGUCUCACCCCCUUUCCCGUUUUUCCUCUGAAUUUGACUUACUCCUUCACUGAGAGCAGGUGACUUUUUAUGAAAUAAGUGGUGGCUUGAUAUUGAUGUAUGCAAUACAGCUUUCAUAAUGGAAAACUUUAUUUUGUAUGAAGAGAUUGGAAGAGGGAGCAAUACAGUCGUUUAUAAAGGCAGACGGAAAGGAACAAUAAAUUUUGUGGCUAUUUUAUGCACUGAUAAAUGCAAAAGAGCUGAAAUGACGAACUGGGUGCGGCUCACUCAUGCAAUCAAGCACAAGAACAUAGUAGUGUUUCAUGAAUGGUAUGAAACAAGUAACCAUCUCUGGCUUGUGGUGGAAUUAUGCACAGGUGGAUCACUGGAAAUGGUAAUUGCUCAGGAUGAACAUUUACCUGAAGAUGUUGUGAGACAAUUUGGAAUUGAUUUGGUCACUGGGUUUCAUCAUAUUCACGAUCUUGGAAUUAUUUUCUGUGACCUUACACCUGGAAAGAUUCUCUUGGAAGGGCCUGGUACCCUCAAGUUCAGUAACUUCUGCUUGGCUAGAGCAAAGGGUGAAAAGCUAGAAGAUUUUUUUGCUUUAAUUGGAUCAGAGGAGCAGGGAGGUGAAAGUGGUGAAAAUACAAGUUUGAAAAGCAAACUCAGAGGUUCAAUGGCGUACAGUGCUCCAGAAGUGAUAAAGGGAAGUGACUUCUCUAUAGCCAGUGAUUUGUGGUCGUUGGGCUGUUUGCUAUAUGAAAUGUUUACAGGAAGACCUCCAUUCUUCGCAGAAAGCAUUACUGAAUUAGCAGAACAGAUUUUACAUCAAGAUCCUUUCCCACUUAAAUGUCAAGGGUCAGCAUUUCUAAAACCAUCUUCAGACUUCAUUAAUUUGCUUGACUCUUUGCUGCAAAAGGAUCCUCAGAAGAGACUGACUUGGGAAGAGCUGCUGCAGCAUCCUUUCUGGCGAGAUGCUUUUAUUCAGUUGCCCCGCGAAUCUAUCUCCAACCAAGACACAAACUCCAGCAAUGGAAAUCCUGAGCUGUUUGUAUCCGGAAUGUCUGAGUUUCAGAUACAGAAUAAAAAAUUGCCAGAUGUUAUAUCCACUGGAACAGAAAAUAAACAGUUCAACAGUUCUUUCAGGAUGGAAAACCCAGAAGAAUUGCGUCCUAAAAGUGUUGUCGAUGGUGGAGCAAAUGAAUCUAUAUUUCUUCUCAGUUCUCGACCUACCCCUAGGACAAGUACUGCAGUGGAAAGAAACAGUGUUGCUAUGGCUCUACCUCAAAAUUCAGGGCACACUGCAUUUCCAUGUCCUUCAGCAAAGGAUAAAAACAUGUACUGCAGUCAAGAUAUGGAAUCCAAAGUAAAAGAACUUAUCUAUACUGAGUCUGAUCUUAUUGUGACUCCCAUUAUUGACAAUCCAAAGAUAGUGAAGCAAGUUCCGGUGAAAUUUGACAUGAAAAAUCUGCACAUUCCAGCUCAUUCAGCUGAGAAACUGUUGAUGCUGAAAGAAACAGAAUGGAAUGACUUCUUAGAGCAAGUGUGCCAGCUGACUGGCUCCUCAGAGAAGACUACAGGAGCAGCCAGAGUUAAACUAAAUUUGCUUUGCUACCUCUGCACAGUUGUUGCAAAUAAAGAAGUAGCAACUAGGUUAAUCAACUCACAGCUAUUCCUGGUGCUAAUACAGCAGCUAAGAAUAGCUCCAAACUGGGACAUACGAGCUAGAGCAGCCCGAAUAAUUGGUUUACUGGCAUUGCAUACAACUGAACUUAAAGAAAAUGUUCCAGUUACUGAGGCAGUUGCUAUCUUGACUGAACUGAUUAGAGAAAACUUCAGAAACAGCAAACUAAAACAGUGUCUUUUACCUACACUUGGAGAGUUGCUUUAUCUUGUGGCUAAUCUGGGAGGGAAAAACGAGCACCCCAGAGAGUGCUGGGUCCUUCCUUCAGCUGCUUACACUGUGCUAAUGAGGUGCCUUCGGGAAGGGGAAGAACGUGUUGUAAACCAUAUGGCUGCAAAGAUUGUUGAAAAUGUAUGCUCCACUUCUUCUUUGCAUGCUCAAGGAUUUAUUACUGGAGAAAUUGGACCUAUAUUAUGGUAUCUCUUUAUGCAUUCAACCAUUGAUUCUUUGAGAAUAACUGCUAUUUCGGCAUUAUGCAAAAUUACUCAUCACUCACCUAGUGUUUUCCAAAGUGUGAUUGAAAAGGUAGGAUUAACAGCUGUGAUACACUCACUGGCAACUGGCAUAUGCAAAGUUCAGCAGUACAUGAUCACAAUGUUCUCUGCAAUGUUGUCAAGUGGAAUCCAUUUGCAAAGGCUGAUCCAAGAAAAGGACCUUCUAACUACAAUUAUUCGACUAUUUGAAAGUCCUUCUACUUUGAUUCGGGCAAAAGCCUUUUUGGUCUUGUUACAAGUUUUAAUUAAUAAUAAAGAGAUGCUACUUCUGAGCUGCCAGGCCAGAUUGGUAAUGUACAUUGAAAGAGACAGCAGAAAGCCCACUCCAGGAAAAGAACAGAAAAGCAGCAGUGAAUAUCUAUCAAAAUGCUUGGAUCUUCUUAUCUAUUAUAUUGUGCAGCAACUGCCGGAAAUUCUAGGUGACAUCCUCUCUGCACUAGCCAGUGUAUCAGGACGUAAACAUCCAUCAACAAUUCAGGCUAAACAGCUAAAAGGUUGUCUUCCAAUGAUGCCUGUGGUACUUCAUCUUGUGACAUCCCAGGUUUUUCGUCCUCAAAUUGUAACUGAGGAGUUUAUUUGCAGCUAUGGAAGUUUAUUGAAUUUUAUCAGAGUAAUAGAUUCUGGAGAAACUAAUUUAGAUGGUGCAAUUGGUCAAACAGCUUCAGAAGAACUGGUUAAGACUACUUUAUCAAUAUUUGAAGCAAUAAUACAACAUCCAGUCUUGUUGAUACAUUACCAUUCAACUGUUAUGGAUUAUGUCCUGCCACCCUUGGUUUCUUUGGUCUUCAGUCAGAAUGUUGAGUGGAGGCUCUUCAGCUUGCGGUUGCUCUCAGAAACCACAUCACUGCUUGUGAGCCAUGAGGUCAUGACUGAAGAGAGAGAAAAACUAAACACAAGCAGCAAACUCCUAUGUCUCUUUAGGGACUCAUUGUUGCCUCAAUUUGAGCAUAUUCUAAUGGCACCUGACCCCGUACCUGUUUAUGCACUAAAGCUGCUAGUCACACUUACAGAAUACAGCCCUGCUUUUAUAAGCCUUGUUCAAGAAAUUCAUCUCAUUCCAACAAUUUUUCAAGUAAUUCUGGAACAUCAAACUACUCUUCUGGGAAAUACAAUACAGACUGCCGUUGCAAUACUGAACAACCUGGUUUCAUGUAAAAAAACAAAUAUGGCGUUACUUUAUGAACAAGGUCUAGUUCAUCACAUCUGUAACUUGCUAAUAGAAACUGCAGCUCUGUGCUUGGAUGCAGAUGAUAAGAGCAACAUCAAGACAGCAAAUGCAUUGCUCCUCUCCUUGCUUGAUAUUUUGCACCACAUGCUGCUAUAUACAGCUAACAUUGUCCGCCUGACACUACAGGCACAGAAGUCUGGCACUGGAGGGGAGACUCAGACUGCUGAAGACCUUCUGCUUAUUAAUAAACCCAUAACAGAUCUAAUUAGCAUCCUUAUUCAGCUGCUUCCAAGUGAGGAUACAGAAAUAUAUGAGAAUGCAUCACAGUGCUUGUCAUUGUUAGUUCAACUCUACGGUGGAGACAAUUCGGAUAGUAUGUCUCCAGAAAAUAUGGACAGCUUUGCUGAAGUGCUACAGGUCAAAAAAGAAGUAAAAGAUCAGAAGCUUUUACUGAGAGUCAUUAAAAGACUGAUAACUUCAAAUGAGAAGCACUCUGAAACCCUGAAGAAUGAUGGGGAAAUUCUUGUCCACACACUAGAAAGAUUGGCUCAAAGGGCCAGCUUCCAUGCUGAUAAAGUGAUUGCUUCCUUGGCUUCUGAAAUCCUCAAGAAAAUUGGAACACCAUCAAGGUAUAUCUAAUUAAGACCAUGCAACAGCUGUCUCUUGGUUUUCAGAUUUAAAAUCUCAUUUCUGAAACGAAGUAAUUUUUCUACUGCUGUUCUUCAAUUUGUUCAUUUUAUAUCCAAGUUUUUGUGACAAGGUUUUCAAGGAUAAAUAAAAAUUUUUGCUAACCCAAUUAUUAUGUCUGAACUCUCCUAGCCCUCGGAAUCUGUAUAUCAACAAUCUGAGCAACCUUUUUCAAUGCUAAAUCUCCCAGAAUGUAUGAAGUGAUCAAAAGGUGUCAUUUCUUUCACCAAUGAGUGAAAGCAAGCAGAGGUGAGCUAGGUAAGAAUGGCGGUGGCAUGUAGAUGGGCACGGUAGACUAGCAGGGGCUCAGGUCAGACAAGAGGGGAGCAUACCAGUGAAGGGGAUUUGGGAACAACUGCACAAAGGAGGAGUGGUUCAUUUUUCAUGUACUCUACAAUAAGGGAAGCAAGAAGGGUGAUGUGAUGCUGUUUAAACCUCACUUUUGUGCCCCACUGUUUUGGCUAUAUGCAGGCUGUACAGAGAUCCUGAUCCCGUUAUUUCAGUGCAAAUGUAAAUGGUGGGUACUGCCCUAACCAUGUGUGAGAAAGUGGGUGCUAUCGAAAGAAAAACAGCUUAAAAAUACAAACUUUACAGAGGGAUUUUGUAAAUCAAUGAGAGGGGGAUCAAAAUACUGCAUCCUGUGUUAUGUCUUGGUAAUAAUUUGGUUAGCUAAACUUAAUAGCAAAACCCAUUUAAGGCCAACAUGAAAUUAAGGCUAACCACACUCCACUAAUGCUCUCACGAGUGCUACCCACCAAGCACUGAAUAAUGAGCAGGCUUAGUUUAACUUAUCGAGUGCAUAGCUUUCAUUUCCUUAUUUCAGUACUUUGAAGACGUACAAACCCAUUCAGAAAAUACAGCAUGCUCAUAACUGAAUCAGUGCCUCAGUAAUUAAGUAGGCAAUAGCUUGUUUAGGCAUCUGGCUAGCGAAGCACUAUGACAGUACUGACUUAAAUUUGUAACCCAUCUUUCCAUUGAAUGCUCUAGUGUUUUCCAAUGGAAUGUCAAUUUUGCUUUACUUCGUGUACUGUUAACCAGUGGUUUUACACAUUAGAAAGUUAUGGUGCUCUAAAUUAAGUUUAAGCUCCAUGUUUUGCCAUACUUCUUAAAUCAUACUCAUUUCAUCCAACCUGCCUUGAGCAAAGUAUUCACCUAUUGGUUCAAUGGAAAGCAAAUCACUGCUGCCAAGUUACAUACUGAUGACCUGAUCCUGGCAUGCCUCAAUUAAAUAAUGUUCCAAUGGGCCUGGUGCUGUAGACUUAAAUUUGUCAGGUAAAAUAUUUAAGCAUUUUACUACUGCCUUUAAACCAUGGCUUCUGGAUAAGCUGCCUUUGAUUAUACAGAAAAAAGGAUGUUAAGUACUAAAUGAAAAGGUGCAAUCCUAAGAGCACAUUGACUAGCAACUACACCCCAAAGAACUAAGUGAGACUUGGUUCUGUGCAUACAUGCAUAAGAUUUUGAUGCAAGGCUGUGUUUCACA